UCGUGAACCCCGCAUUAUCUUUACUUGGAUAAAAACCGCGGUGAAAGGAAAAGCCAUCCCACACUAGUGCCACGUGUCCAGUUUCUAGAGGUGUUGUAGCUAUGGCGGCAUUGGGAGGAGCGUCGUGUAUUGCGCGCCACGCGAGAUUAGGUCUUCUCGCUCCAGCGAUCCGGGGCAGGGUUUCGGUGAAAUCUCGCUCGAUCUGCAAGAUCCGUGGAUUCUUUUGCUCGAAUUCGUCCUCAGAGGUAGCGCCAGCGCCAGCGCCAACGGAAUCAGCAGCUCCUGUUGUGGAAUCAGGAGCUCGGGCCGCGGAAUCGGAGGGUAAUGGCGUGGAUGCGUUGGAUAUCAGGGUAGGGAGGAUCGUCAAGGCUUGGAAGCAUCCGGAAGCCGAUUCUUUGUAUGUGGAGGAAGUGGACAUGGCGGAGGAGUCCGGGCCACGGACGAUUUGUAGCGGGCUUGUGAACUACGUGCCGGAAGAUGAGCUCCAGGGAAAGCUUGUGGCUGUUCUUGCGAAUCUCAAGCCUCGAAACAUGAAAGGGGUGAAAUCCAAUGGGAUGCUCUUGGCGGCCUCGGACAAAGCUCACGAGAACGUCGAGCUUGUUAUUCCUCCCGAAGGGUCUGUUCCUGGAGAGCGAAUCUGGUUUGGAUCCGAGGACCAGAAAUCCUCCCAGGCUCCUGCUGCUACUCCCAACCAGCUCCAAAAGAAGAAACUUUGGGAAGCUCUUCAACCAAAGCUGACAACCGGCGAAGAUCUGGUCGUGUACUUCGAAGGCCAGCCAAUGCGAACCUCUGCCGGUGUUGUUACAUCGAGAUCGCUCAUCGGAGCGAAUGUUUCGUGAAAUCGGCAGGAAAAAGAUCGCACAGCCUGUUUGUUCUUGGCGUCACGGGCUUGUGUGAACUGCAAAGAUCAUCGCUGGCAAGAUCUCCGGCACAACGUUCUUGGAUCUGGGUGUGAUCAGCUUCUCGCGAGUCGAAUUCGAGCUGAUCAUCAAUCUGCGAUGUCGUCAGGCUGACAUGGAACUCUCAACAGGCUGCUCGAUCACGACUUCAUGGUGGUUAUCGUCCCGGUGAUGAGAGUAGCGUUCCCGAUGAUCGUGGAAAUCACACCAAAUCCACCAUAUCUCAGAUUUUGCCAAGCUCUCAAGAAGAAGUCUGCUUCCAUGGAUUUUCAAGGAGGGGCUGCAAGAUCAGAUCCAAGGGGCAGAGCUUUUUUUUUUUGCAGGAAGCGAUCGUUACUAUGGUUUUAGCAACUGGAAUCGUUCUGUAGCGUUACUUUCCCGCGCUUUGGCCAUAAGAGCCCUAAUUUUCCAAUAUGGUCAAA